AUGACCCACGUCCUUUCCAGCAGAGACCGCGAGAUCCAAGAUCUCUGUGGGCAGAUCAUGCACGACCACAUGCGUCUCGACGAUGAAUGUGAUGCCCUCAACGCCGAGAUGCGCACCCUCCAAAGAUACAUCAAGAAGCGCGAUUCCUUGCUGCCCCCCGGCUUCCUCGACCCUACCCUCUACGAAGUCCGUUCGCGCAUCAUGACACUCAACCGUGCCAUUGGCCAGCAUGAGUACCGUCUCUACCACCUGGAGAGAAUCGAGAUGAGGCUUGUCAAGAUGUUUGCGAAGGAAGCUCGCGCGGAGCAGGGAAUGCCGCUGAUUAAGGAGGAGGAGGAAGAGGAGGACCCGAUUCCCGAUGAGUAUAAAUGCUGCUGCAGUACCGUUGUGAACAAAAAGGAGGAGGGGAUUACUUCUGCUGGGGCAUCAGGGAGUGGGUCCGGCAAUAAGGAGAACGUCAUUCCUAGUGACAGCAAAACCUCCGGUGGAUCCAAGAAAAGUGGUCUUUCUGGGAAGCGCGCUGCUCCUGGCACUUCGUAA